AAAAGUGAAAAGUAAAAAGUAAAAAGUAAAAUGGAAAAAUUUAAAGUAAAAAAAUCAAAAGUGAAAAUUAAAAAGGAAAAAGGAAAAAAAAAGUAGACAAAAGGCUAAAUUAACAAGUAAAGUUUAAAAUUCAAAAUACAAACAUCAAAAGUCAAAAUUCAAUAAGAUUAGACAUAAUUUGAAAUAGAUCAUUUGAUUAAAUCCCAGCUCAGAAAAAAUAAAUCUGGAAAACUCAUGGAGAAGUUCAAUCAUUUUUUUCUUUAUGACGGUUGUACAGCACCAAAAUAUUUCAAAUCUCAGACACACAUUUUACUCCCCUAGAAAUGAAAUUAAUCUACGCUACACAACUAGCCCCCAACCGCAUCUUUCAACGACGUCCAGUGGCAAAAUACCCAAACUGUAUUGACGUGGCUUUCACUUUCUCAAUCAGGAAAAUACUGGGAACCAUAAUAAGACUGCAACUUCUGCAUGAUUUCCGUUUGCACUUCGUUCGACUGGCCGUUUCGUUUCCAAAGAUGGGCAAAGGAGAUAACCAACUGGGCGGGCGUUCCACCCACCCAUCAGAACACCAGAAAUGCCAUUUUUCUAAUGUAGUUCGUUACGUUUGCGGCAUACGCCAGCUGCAUUCCAAGUGCACUCUCGAAAUGAUACAUCUGACAGUUUCACUUCGGUACGGUUCGGUUCGCUUUGGAGCUUGAGUUGGAUAGACCGCGAGACGUCUAGCUGGCUCGUGAUGAAAUGAUACUUUUUCUACUCGUGAAAAAAAGCAGUAGACAGACAGUGCAGUAGUGAGGGAGGUACUGUGUGAGUUCCCUAUUCUAAGCUUCCGCCAUCAGUCGGCCGAACGAUGAUGGUGUGCAAGGAUUGAGAGUGAGAAUUGGAAAUAACUAGUGUGUCGAACCUCACGUACCGAUGUAUACGAGCGGGAACAAAGAGGAAACUUUUCCGAGGAAACCAUUAGUUAGGAUAAUGCUACCGUCGAAGAACCAAUAGCUCUAGCGCAAGAAAAGAAACGACAAUCUUCCAGCGUUGGACUGUGGCGGAAUGGCAGAUGGGAAACUUGAUGGACUGCGAAAAAUGGUAGAAUAUAGAGCGGAAAUCGUUGGGUUGUGGUGAUUAUUAUUCUGCUCAUAAUUUUAAUUUGAAGCGGAAUUUUUUUCAUUACUGCUCGCAUUAUUGUUCUUUUUUACCAUCGACAGAAGUGAAAUACGCUUUUGCUUUGACGUAAAAAUGAAGAAAAUGUGUUUAACAUGAUUAAUUCGCUGUUAUCAGUCAGUUGGGUGGUAGCCACCGACGUCGAUAAAUUGUAACAACACGGGUGAGACUCAGUCACGGUUCGCAGGUUUUUCCUCUCAUCAAAACUGAAGAACAUCAAUAACUUACUUCACAAUGACAGCAAUCGUGCCUUUUCAUUGACACAACAAAGAAGUGGUUUACCAAAAAAAAAGUUAUAAUGUUCACUGUGUAGGGGAAUGUUUCUAAUAAAAAUGCAAUUAAUUUUACUCGUUGUCAUCGGAGUGUCACUACCCUUGUCAGUGGAGUGGAAAAAUUAAAAAAAAAAUCCCAACGACAAAAAAGGGUUGCGAAAGGAAGCAAAGUUUCCCCCGCACCGAACGCGGGACAUGUUUUCAUGCUGGACGAUAUUUAUUCAGCAGAAAUGUUUCCAAUAGGAAUAAAAUUGUUUUCCGCUGUCGCCGCACGGAGCAGCGAAUGCUGGUGAAAUGGGAAAUGCAUUUUUUUUUGUUCUGUUCAGUGCAAAGUGAGAACUGCUAAGGCAGCAAUGUGGCUAAUAUGAAUAGCUUCGUGAUUACCAGGACGUGUUUCGUAGCAUAUUGGCGAGUGGGAUUUUUUUUGUUCGUUUUUCGUAGAAAAGUUCGUUUAACAGAUUGUACUAAAACUAAUUUUAAGAAGAUGAAUAUUUUUAUUUUCAUUCCUUUUUUCUCAAUGUUAAAAGUUUUUGUCUGUUUUCAGUUAAUUUUAAACUAACCGUCAUGCAAGGUUUUUUGGGGAUUAUCACAGUUCACGUCUUGCACCAUAGCGAAUAGUACUUCACAGCACCAUUGUCGUGGAUCAUAUUCAUAUUUACAAGAACGACAAGAAUCGAUUGCUUGGUGACUACAACAUUCGAAGGCACCAUAUAAGCUCGGAUCAUAAACCUGGUCUCAAACGUAAUAAAUAAUAUACUUUACAUGAAUUGAACCUUGGGGAAUAAGAAUAAAACUGAUCGACACAGUUCAUCAGGAAUAGAUGCGUUAUGAUAUAAAAAUGUUAGAUAUGGCUUUUUAAAACCUCUUGUCGAGCGUCAAUUUAAAAUAUGUCACAGAUCGUAGCUACGACUGAUUAUACAAUCUAGAGCAACACAAAAUGAAUCAUUUCUCAUAAAUAUUCUUUUCUGCAACAGCUUUAUUGCGAAAAAUAUUAGGUGCGAACUCUUGCCUCUCACAACUAUAUGAUAAAAAGCUAAUCCGUCAAUCGAAACAUUGUUGCUUGUAACAAAACUAAUAUUUUUUUAUUUCAUAUAAUGGUUUUAUAUGACAAUCAUUGAUUGAUCUUUCUCUCCAGGGCUUUUGAUAAACCCCUUAUGUAUCACUUCUAAUUACCACUUGGUUUAGGAAUGACUGCUGCUCUAUGCAAUUAAAGCACAGUGCGCCUCCACCUGAAUAACUUUUUCCAACAGUUAUAUUAUUUGAUUUAAUUUAGUAACAGAUUACAAAACAUUAAUUUUCUACGUGGUACUCACCACCCGAAAAAUAUUUUUCUAAUUUCCCCAGAUUACUGCAUUACCCAAUUUUACAAAAGCAACAAGAGCUUAGAACUUGCGAAGCUCAUCCUCUCAAGGAAGCAAAGGUUUAAAAUAAGAUGGAUUUUAUUUUUACUUUAAGGCCUAGACACGUUGGAGAGAGAACAGAAAAAUAUAUCCAAGACAACAAGCGUAAUUCGGGGAUGAGUUUAAUCAUUUGAUUUGCAUACCCCGGUAUUGUGGUCUAUCGAAUUGAGGUCUAGGAUCUUUUCUUGCGCGAGAUUUCAAUUUAUGGAAUCCAAUUUUUUUCCCAGGUUGUCAUGUGAACAAUGUUAAUAGGAUUAACCUGCAACCAGUUUCUAUUUUUUGUUCGUCAGAAAUUCAUUAAAAUAAAACAAUCAAGAAAAAAAGUGAUUUCAUUACAUAGCAGAAUCCGAAAUCACUUAAAAUUUCUCUCCGAACCACAGUGUUCAUCCAGCGAAUGCUUCCGCGAACUUUCCGACAGCAUUUCACCAGGGCCUACUCUCCCGGUAGGCCGUGAUCCCAAAUUAAAUUUCGAAUUGGCAGGCAAAUUUGAAUGUUGGCGUUUUGCUAGGAAAGUUUCUCUGUCCGCCAGUUUGCGGAAGCAUGACACCGCUCUUCCAUCAGUAACCUGUUCACUUUCUGGAAAAAUCUCCACUUGAGCAUUAUCAAACUAUUCAAAGAACAGCCGAGUAAACUGAAACUGCGAGCCUAUAAUAUCACUUUCAGUCAAAACGCGCGCAGCGAACCACAAUACCGAGGAUAUACAUUUCAUCCAGCACAUUUAACAGGGUUAAAGCAACGGAGUUGAUGAAAACUUUCAAACUUGGUCGCAUCACAUUGAAUUAAAACUAGGACUAUACUAUACUUGCUGGCGGAACAGAACGAGGACAUAAUUCAGCGCGAACUUUCUUUUUUACUGUGCCGCAAGAAGCGCGAACUUUUGCAGAACUUUGCAAUGGUCCACAAUCCAAAUGUAACGCAGCAUUCUGACCUUUCCGUGCCGACUGGAGAAGCAUUGUGGGAGAAGUUAUAUUAAAAGUUUUGCGGUUACGGUAAAAAGCGUUUGCAUAGUAAAUCCUGUUUCCUUGCUGCUACUGCACACGCUAGUGAUGAUUCGAUUUCAAUCAACACAAUCACUAAGUCGGACAAUGGUAGAGCAUCUUCAGCGAAACUCUUUUUCUUUUACUCGUGAAAACUUUCACCCAAUUCACACAUUUUGAUUUAUAUUUUCCGCGUUCAGUCAACCGUACUUCCGACAGACUUAUAAAACAUUUUAUGCUGAAAAAAAAAUGGAAAUUUACUUGCUUUUUCCUAUACGAACUUUAUAAGUUUAACACUAACGCAGGUGUCUGUUUCGUUUUUUUUUCUACUUUCAGACUUGCUACGAAAUGGAGCGAUACCUGAAGGAUGAGCCAAAACUGCAGACUUACAAGAAGCUGCCAGCCGACAUAGCCACACCAUGGGACCUGUUCGCUGCGCCCGGCCCGAUCGCGGGCUGGAAGGUAGAAGUAGAUUCUUAUUGCAUAGAGGAACUAAACCUAAAUGAUAGAAACUCGGACUCACACUCGAGCUCGUCGUCCUCUUCCUCCUCGUCCUGUUCCGGAUCGUGGGACAGCAGUCCGUCGCUGAGCUGUGCGGUGGUGGUGAAAAAGGAACGGCUCGAUCCGGAUGACGACGACGGUAACAAUUCCGAUAGUUAUGACGAGCAGAGUGAAAAAUUCGGCAAAAUCUCUGUACACCACCACCACCAUCACCAUCAUCACCCGCAGAAUGCAAUCGAGUUGAGGCUAGUGGCUCGAGCGACUACAUCCGAACUGUUACCGACGUUAACGCCUCCCUCCUCGCCGGAAUCGCACCUCAGUAUAGGCAGCAAAGGCAGCAGUACGACGCUGGCGACGACCGUGAAAACUGAACCGGAACUUGCACUCCUAGAGCAUCAGGGUAGCAUUUUGAGGGUAUCGACGGGAACGCACAUACCGCGGAACGCGAUCGUCAGGCUGACGACCUCCAGCAGUAAAGGUGGUGUCGGGGUGACGCGAGUGAUACAGGUCAGUCCCCAACUACAGGCAGCCAUCGCCCAGCGAAGUUCCACGUCGUCCUCCAGUUCGUCAUUUUCGUCAGUAAGCAGCUCAAAACAUCACCAGCGACAGCACGAUCACAGUCCAGACUCGAAGCGACGGAUACACAAGUGUCAAUUUCUCGGUUGCAAGAAAGUUUACACCAAGAGCUCGCAUCUGAAAGCGCACCAGCGGACGCAUACAGGCGAGAAACCCUACAAAUGCUCUUGGGAGGGAUGCGAGUGGCGAUUUGCCCGGAGCGACGAACUUACCCGCCACUACCGAAAGCACACCGGCGCGAAGCCGUUCAAAUGCCGACACUGUGACCGCUGUUUCUCCCGGUCGGAUCACUUGGCCCUGCACAUGAAACGCCACGCAUAAAACCAGAGUCUUUCCCUGGCACCAGAUUGAAUGAGCUUGUAGCAUCACAUAUUGUCGUUUUACACCUUCACCAUCCGAUUACUGCAGCAGCAUAAACAUACCUUCACCCACAGGCGCGGAUGCGCAGUAUAGUUCGAUAAGCAAAAUAAUGUUGAAGAAAAAAUUGGGCUUACUCUAAAUCAACACAAAUUUGAAUACCAUACUGAUAAUCUUCAUGAUUAUCAGCGUUAUCAUCAUCAACGACAUUAUCAUCAAAAUUAUCAUCUCUAGCAUCAUCAUCAACAACGCCACCAGUAUCCGACUCACUUUCGCAAUCGUCCCCGAAAAAGCACAUCAUUACCUAUGGAAAGUUUUCUCAUUAGGCUAUUAAAGCUAUUUUACACCAGGACGUAAGUUUAUAUAUGAAAGCGAGUGAGAAAAAAGCAACUAUAGGAAGAAGUAAGCGCAAUCCAGUUUUACAACAUUUUGGAAAAAGUUGCACAUUUAUAAAAUCCCACGAACAUUUUCAGAUGAGAAGCGUUUUAAGUAUUUGGUACUAUAAAUAAGAAAAAAAAAACAAAGUGUUAUAUAAGCGGUAAUGUCUCAUUGUAUUUUAAUUAGUUGGUAAGGAUCACAAUCCAUCCUCUCUCCUUUCCCACUAUCCACAUCAGCCCCCAUUCCCUCAUUGUUAGCGCCAUCGUUUUUUCCCGUAAUUUAGGAUUUAAAGUUUAAGUCUUGCGUCAAUCCAAUGCACAAAGUUUUACCGAAUGUGGCCAUUUUAGAUUAUAGCGUUUGUUUUGUUCAUUUAAAUAUGUUUUGACAAUAACAUGUUGAAUAUGAUUAGUUUAGCUUUAGUUCUCGGGAAGCAAGCAAAGCGAAUGGAAGAUAGAACAAGUAAGGGAAAACAUCACUGCCAAAAACACAAAUACUAGUGACUAUUUGAUUAGGUUUAAACGAAAACAAAACCAUUCGACUUUGCUGGAUUAUUGCUUUUUUUUUUUCAAAAUUCGUUCCCCCUCAGCUGAUUUGAUGCUCGUUAAAUCCAUGUCUAUAAAAGUACACGAAAACAUAUCCUGCCUUUAUGUUUCAUCUUAUUCUUAAUGUUAUCAUAAGAUAUUGCAUUAAAUUGUAUUGUACAGCACGUUACACGCUUAGGCGACUUUGAGCAACUUUUGGUUCUUACAUAUUGAUAUGUAUGUACUUUUUGACGUAUUCGGCAUGCUUUCUACUAGAAUCUUUAGAAACAUCAUAAAACCUACUCCUCAUGCAUCCACCAGCACAUGACACGGUUCACAAGCGAUUGUAGAAGACGACACAGAAAGUAGCAGCGCCUGCUCAUACUCACACAAACACACACACGAAUUGACACAAUGGUAAUUGAAGAACGAAACGAAAACAACACUAACAACAUGUCAUUUAAGUGAUGCAAUCUCUGUGAUCUGCGUUUUGUUGUUUCGAGCGACCAAUCAGAGCGGUCAGAUUCACUCGGCAACAGUAGCAAUAGCAACCCUUCAACAACCGCGCUAGAUCAAGGUGCCGUAACUCACUGCAACCCAAUGGAUGUGAGUUUGAUAAAAUUCAUACCAGCUGAUUGAUUUCUAUUUCAGUCUGCACCUAAGCGACAAAAAAACGGUUAGCUAAAUUUCGAAUGUGUAGAGGUGAGCAAAGUGAUCGUGAUCGGUUGAAUAUUUUCUGCAUUUUGCGUUCAAAAUGUUCAAUUAAUUGUUCUUUUUUUUGCGAUUCCCCUGCAAAGGUACUGAAUUGAAUAACUGGAGGUGAAUUCACACGCUUGAAUUGAUGGCCGCAAAGGCGAUGCCAAACUAUCAGCUGCUCCAGACAACUCCAGAGAAUGUUGCUUCAGAAAUAAAUUCACGAUUUCAAGAUAACAAAUUUUCUAGCGAUUUCAAGAUAACAAUUUUCAGUCUCCAUUAGAUAAUUUACAUUUUAUGUCUAUUGUGUACACAGUAAAAUACUCUGAAUACUACACUCACGUACAUUAUUUUCUCAUUUAAAUUUCAGUUACUUCUGACGUAAACAACGAUUUUGUUUGAAAACUAUGUGCAAUAUCAUUCAAAUUUGCAUGGAAUAUUAUGGAAUUUUCUAUCACAAGCGAUGGAGGCAUUUCACUGUAAGCGUUUCAACAUAACUUUUGGCACUUUUUUUAAACUGUGAAUAAACUAUAACUGACGUAAUUCAUGGGUCAGAAUAGUGAAGGCAAACUCACUACUAUCAAACGGUUGAUUUCACUGACUAUAAUGCUAGAUUUCAUGCAGACUCCACGAUUCGUUUUCCUAACUUGAAUAUUAUGGCUAAAAAAUACAAACAACAACUGAAUAAACCGGGAGCUGCUCUUUCAAACUUGAAAAUGAAAACUGGAAUCUGAGUAUUAUACCGAUACCGGAAAUACCCAUAUUGAAUAGUAUUUCACCACUUUAGGCUACUUUCCAGCAACCGUUAGUCACCCUCUUUGAGUUCAGAAUGGUGAACAAGACCGCUUUCCUCCCUCUUAGUAUCAUCCCGGUUUCGGGAAAAUUUCUCUUGAGUGGUAUUUGUUCACACCCAACAGAAACGGGGAAGAUUUUAUUACUUUUGAGCAACAUUUUAUUACUUUUUGUGUCUUAUGACCGCACAUUAGAUACAAAAAGUAAUAAACGGAAAGUGGCAAAGUAUGUGUUUCUAUAGAAGAACAUACAAUCAAGAACCGCGUGUUAUCCAGACUUCACUCGCUAUAUUUGUAUUGACGCAACGAUCAGGUUCAUUUCUGUCCCCUUAAUUCACACCUUAUCGGUCAGCCUCAAAUGUCUAAUUAAAAACACCAGUUUGUGUUGUUUCUUGACUUAAGAUGAAAUGGGAGCAUUUUUUGACUAGUCAAAAUUUUGCUUGUGGUUGCAACGACCAUUAUUAGAUAGUCGUACUCCCGUAACAAGUGCAGAUAUAUGACAGUAAUGUUUUGUUAUUCAACUGGAGAUCCAGUGCAAAAGAACUUUAGAGCAUUUUAAGUAACAGAUUGAUUACAAAAGGAGGCCUUUUGCGUUAUUGCCUUUAAAGUAAUAAGGAAAAAAUUUGCGAGCAGUUUGGGCUUUAUUCCAAAAACCAAAAACGUCAUCUCAAACUUAAAAAUGGCAUCAGAGUUGAUGUUUUGCUUCUGGGCAUCUUCACGAUUCCAAAAAUAAUCAUACCGAUGGUAUUGGAUGAUAUUUGGUCAUUUCAGUUAGUAUGUCAGUAACCGAAAUUCGCCAUCUUAGAUUUCAAAAUGGCAUCUGAUAUGGAUUUCUGACCUUCAGAUAUCAUUCAAUUUCCGGAAAUGAUAAUAUUAUAUUAGUAUCUGAUCAUUGAAGACCGCAUUCCAAAAACUGAAAGCCGCCAUCUUAAAUUUCAAAAUGGCAUCUGUGGUCGAUUUCUGGCUCCUCGGCAUCAUCACGUUGCCGGAAAUCUUCAUGUUAGAUGAUAUUCGAACGCUUAAGGCUGUUUUCCUAAAAUCAAAGACCGCCAUUUUCGAUUUUAUAAUGGCACCACAACAAAAAGUCGCCACCUUGAAUUUCAAAUUGGUAUCUGUGGUCGAUUUCUGGUUUCUGGGCAUCAUCUUGAUGGCGGACUCGACCAUCACAGAUUUUGCUCAAAGCUGGGUAUUCAUCCAGUGUUACUUUGGAAAAAUUGUUCACUUUGGAAAUUUUGGGACGCCCCUCAAGAUAACGCAUUUUUUGUCCAACCCACUUUUUUCAUCGUCAUGGUCUUGACUUUGUAAAACUUCAAGCCGGAACGCUUUUUUAAUGUUGAACGAAUUUUAGUAGCAUUCCCCACUUUUUGAGCUACAGUUCGUAUAAAGAGGUUCGGAUUCUUUUCCAAACUCUUCUGCAUCUUUCUUUCCAAUGAACUAUCCGCACGACCAAUGUUUUUGUCAUUUCUUAGUUUCUUUUCGACACUCAAACCUUUUCAACACAUCGUGUGCUGUGGUUUUGAGAAAAUUUCUCCUUUUACGAGGUCACGUAUCGAGAUGUGAAGAUUUUCGUUACGGCUGUACAAGAUUCGUUCGCGCACGUCUUUUUCGUUCGUCAAUAUUUUGGGCACUGUUACGAAAUGUCAAAAAAAAAUCAAAAUUGGCGAAAGCAUAAACCUUCAGCCAGUGUUGUUAUAGUGAAUUUCUUUAUUCCACUAGCUUACCUCGUUUUGACCUGGAUCCAACCUAACUGCUGUUAAACCCGCUCUUUAUUCGCUCGAUUUUAACCCAAUAUCGACCUGGCGGACUGCUCGAAGCGCACCGUAAAGUUUGUUAGUUUCAACCCCACUACCGCACGUUCUUAGUUCGUAAGCAAUUAUCUUGCAUCUCUUUCUUACUUGCGUAGUGAAUCGCGAUAUCUUUUCUUUAUUCCUCGGUAGAUUUGACCUGACACUCUCACUCAUAAACAGCAUGCAACACCUCAUGUGAGGUUCUCGUUGCUACUGAUAUCACACACUGGAGAAUUCUCUAUUCAACCUAUUUCUCGUUCUUUCUCGCUGUCUUCGUUGUUGACAUUCGCUCCCGAAAUCAUAUGCACACACGCGCGCCUACUCUUUUACUCGCGUGUACUCUCCUACUCGCCACAACCAGCCGCAGAUAAUCGUUUCAAGAUGCAUUGCAAUGGUUGCGGAAAGGCAAAAAAAAUUCAAAUAGGGUAAAGGACUACUUCGGUUGUGUUUUGAUUCGGGUGGUUAUGCAUUAGACUGCUGUGAGAGGCUUACCAAAGCAGUCCGAUACCCUACACUUUCCAGUAUGCGAUACUUUACAGAUUGUUCCACCCCGCUCGGCUGACACGAAGCAAAACCGGGCAGAUGAAGAAAGCAUUUUCGUUUUCGAGCACGUUCUUCAAAGCACUCCUCCUAGUCGAGCAACUUUAGUCGAGUACUCCUACUCGCAAGUAGGAACUCGCUUACUCUUUCACAGUCGCUGAGUAGCAGGACAAAAGAGUUUUUGCGUGCGGGUGCAGCAACAGCAGCUACUCAGGGGGGUACAUGAAGAAAAAAGAGUAUCUCGGAAGCGUGUGUGCAGAGAAAAAAGUCGCUCAUAGCUCGAAUAUAUCGAGUUGCUCUGACAUGAAGGUGUUCGGAUUAUUGCGUAUAUAAAAUAAAGUAAAAAUUUCAAAAAUGGUUAGUUAAUAAUAUUUGAUAAUCUAACAAUUUAAUUUAAUGGACAUGACUCUUUCAAGGAUUGGAUUCUAACUUGUGGUCAAGGGAUGUGGAGGUGAAAGAGGUUUUGAUUUAAUUGGAGGGAAUUUGUCAAAAAGAUUCAUUACACUAUUUAUCCAGUGCGAAAUAAAGACCCGUACAAUAAAUAACACUUGACUACAAAAGCAAAAAAAAAUGACCUAGAACUUAAACUGAAAAAUAUGAACGUUUACAGCUUUUUAAGCGUUCCUGUGAAUGUUGGUGCCGCUAGUUAGUUCGGGAGUGCUUGAAAAAGCCGCAAAGUAAUUGCUUGCCGGGUUUGUCCCUUCUACGUUUGCUUACGGGAAGAAAUCAUUCAAGUCUCUAAAAACUUUUCGCACUUCAUACUUGGCUAGAUGCACAAGAAUAGUUAAAAAGUUUGAACUUUCAUUUUUUUCUUUAAAUUUUAACUCUACGCGCAUAAGUUGAAUGGUGCGAAACCACAUCAAUAUUUUGCAGAAUUAGCACAACUGAUAAUUCAGAUUGAAACCUGUACAAAUAAUCUCUCUACCGUAUUUUGAGGUGAAACUGAACCAAAGCUUUUUCCAAAAAAGUUGACGUUAAAUUUCUUUUCACUUGACAAUUUCAAACGUCGAUAUUUAGCUUCCACUUGAUAAAUAGCGCUCGAACUGAUACUCAAUGCAUGCGUCAACGGAGCAAACAAUCGAUCAAAGUUUCACAUACGUAAUUUAAGUGAUUUUCAAGAAAAUUAUCUUGCGAAAUUCGAGCACGAAGUUUCACCUCAAAUGAAUUAGUCUGCUGCAAACCCCUACACUCACCUAUAAAGUAUCAACUGGUGUUCGGCCGGCUGGUAUCGUUGAAACAGUGCAGCCAGCAAUCAAGACUGAUAAAUUGGGUACUGACUAAAUGACUGAAAAUAUUAACUUAUCGAUGCAAAUUCACGAAUCCGAUCAUUUGAAAACAUCAUUGAGCCAUUAAAAAUUCAAAAGAUAGAUUUAUUCAAAACAUUUUGCAUUUCACUAUGAUUCUGGUUUUAUUCAUACGUAUUUGGUUCUACAUUACUGGCACCAACGUCAGUUCAUUUUGUGGCAAAAAUAUAUCGCUAAUGGCUGUUUUAACUGCAGUUCACGUUUUUAGGGAUGGCCUGUCGAACGAUAUGUACCGACUUACGGAAAUGAACCACCGUUUCUUGAGCGUCCCAAAACUGAUCGUUCGGCGAAACCGAAGUUUACCGUAACAUCACGAUUAUUGUGUGUAUGAUACAAAUUCUGAUUUCGAUCUCUGUAAAUGUUUUGGUUGAACAAUUUGCGUUAUGCAUUUCACACAAUUUUUGUGCGAAGUCAGAGCAAUAAUUGUGUGUAUUGAGAGCACACAUUGGUUGAUAAAGUCUUGAACUUUUACAUGUAGGGUUUUUUUUCGCUUUUGUCGUCCAUUUCGUUGAUGAAUUUAUUACCUUCGACAUAAUCCUUUUUAGGAGUUGACAUAACUAGUAAAUGUUCAUAAUCGACAUAAAUUAUUGAUUAAUUCAAAGACAUCAAGCUUGUUUUUAUACCAAAUAUCCUUACGUCUACAGUCACUUUCAACAAUUAAACACAAGUCACAUGAAGGUUAUAAUCUGUAUGAGUUCACAGUAUUUUUCACCUUUCACCUAGGGGAAUCGCAAUAGCAUCAUAACAAGUAUCUCGAAGAAAUUUGACAACUUUUCUUUUAUUUUCAAAUGUUACCUUGUAACCUUCUACACUUGACGUCAAAAUCCCAUGAACACUCACCCAGUUGAACAUUUUCCUGCAAGUUAAGUCGUGACUAGGUUCAAAUCAGUUUCAUUAAAAGUGUUACUUAUUUCUCACGUCAGUUCAAUCAGCAGUUCAGUGUUGUCAAACUUCAAAUAAUUUCAACCAAACGCAAAAUGCAAACCUCAUCGGAGAAAUCAUGCGCAUCAUCACAGUUCGGCAAAUCGACACAUGUUAAAAUAAAAUAUUUUAGAUCCAAUUUAGCUUAACAAUAACGAAUAACGAAAAACUGAUGGAAAAAGAACAGUGAAAAAAAUGUGUCAAAAAUAGUAUUAAUCAAAGACUGGAUAAUUUUUUACGUAUUUUAAAACACUAGAUGAACCUAAAACACGUAAUGAUAACGAAGUGAAAAUUGCUAAAAUAAAAUUAUAACAGAAUAUAGCCAUGAACGGGAACUUUUAGAAAUGUUCGGUUAUUAGCCGUUGUUCUGCAGUGUGUGAACCAGCUAGCGGUUCAAAACCACGUCGCACGCUUCUCAUAGUGUGUAAUUUUGAGUUCUUCCGAACCUUGAACACAAUCAAAAUACUGUUCAAAAUCAAGUCCACACCCAAUCAAAACCGCAAACGACAAGUUCAAUACAACCAACCAAAAUGCAAUAAAUCUGCUACCAGUUAGCAAACGAAACCAACACAAAGAACAACCGAACACACAUAGACAUACCCACACACAAACCGAUACAGUUUGCUUGGUUCUUUCAUAUUCAGGAUGAGAACAAAUGCCGAAUCGGACGACAGCCUUUUCUUUCUCACUAACUCACUGACACAUGCGAUCAAAGAGAAAGUAUUUUUAAGACGUGGAUUAGCAUGCCUGUGAAGCACUACGGAGAGUAAAUGCACAUACACAUAUACGCGCGCAUGUGUUCGCCUGGGGGAUUAUCUAGAAAAAAAAAAUAAACGGGAUGUUUAAUAAGUACAGAGCAAAUUUAUCUAAGAGAAAAUGUAAUGUUUAGCACUAUCGUAGAGACAAUGGAAAAAAUUGGUGAGAACAUUAGGCGAAUAAAUAGCGAAAAACCGUAGUUUAGAAAAAUAUAUUUUUUACUGACUUUUUUUUUGAAAAAAAAUAAGAGAAAAUCGUAUAAGAACAAGAAGUUUUAAUAGGCGAAGGCAUUGUCACGUAUAACAUCACAUUUAAUACUCUCAAACUCUCAUUUUCAUGCAAAACAUUUAGGCAAAAUUCUAUCCAAAACGUAAAUCUAAAUCAAUUGUACGGAUUCGCGCAUGUUACUUUAGCACAUUAUUUCUUAGAGGUAAAAUUUGUUUGGUUCAUAGCACUAGGCUAUCGCUACCUUCGAAUGUUUAGCAAGUAAGGAUAUCUGAGAGCAAUUCUAUGAGUUUAUGCUUUCCCUUACAAUUGAAAGAUACCAAAAAAAAAUGAAUUGUUGUUUAUUUUUGUCGUAAAUUUACUAGGUUAUUGCUUACGAUAGAAUUUUGUUGAUUAAUUUUAUUCGCUCUGCACGCUGCUUGGUUGGACACAGUGAAAAUAAUAGGAAGAAAACAAACACAAACAGCGCGAGUAGAGUUGUCAAGUAGCACUCGAGAGAAACGAGAAAUGUAUGCUGAACCGAGAAAAUAUAAUAACUCAAACAAGUGUAAAAUAUUAAGAAAAAAACUAAUAAAAAAUCCAAUACGAUUAAAGAUAAAAUAAAAACAAUAAAAUAAAGAAACGAAUUUUAUACAAGCUAUAUUUAAGAUAAUAUAGGUGAGAAUGGCGCAGAAAAUAGAAGGGAAAACAUGAAAAUAAAAAGAAACUCUAUGUUACAUAAUUUAAGACAGUCUACUCAGUAAGCUCUAGAAAUUUUUGUAACUGGAUUCCAUUUGAUUUAGAAAAAAAUGCAUUUUUGCUGCUAAAUAAGAUCCGUUAUGGCCGGCAGGAUAUGGUGCAUUUAGUUCUAGCAACGCACUGGUAAGCGGUAAUUCUAGCAUGUGAUUUUACGUUAGUUUAUUCAAGCGGAAGUAAACUUCUAACGUAAACUUUAUGGAGAACAGUGCACUAAUCCUUCUAGGAAGCAAAUUCUCUUCCACAAAUUAAAUACAAACCGGAUGUUUCUGUCUCGAAACACUCAAGCAUCUGAGACCACAUGCCAAUAGAAUACCGUAUGCAAGCUUACCAACUGCCAUGCACAGACGAAACCAAUAGAGAAUAAAGAUAGAAUUUCGCUAGCCAAAUUCUAAUUCUUUUAGCUGUUAAUAAGCUGUUUUUGUUGUUUGAAUGAAUGUAUAAAAAUCAAAAGCGAUUUUGAAAAAAAUUACGCUAUCAUACACACUCAAUUGAAUCAGCAACACGAAAACACACAAACACACAUACACAAGCGAUAUCGGCGUAAAUGCUCGUUUUUUCUCACUUCUUUGUCUGUGUUCUCUUGCAGUUCAGAUUCAGUACGCUCUCGGAGAGCCCAAGUUGACGUAGAAGAGAAUGACAAAAAUAAGUUAUCAAAAAAAAUUUCAAGGCAAACGGUAAACGAAAUCGAAUGCAAACAUGGAAACAUAAUUUUCAAAAGCAAGAAUAAAAAUUAAAUUUACGAAAAUAACUCACGGUAAGAAGAACGGUAGGGAGAUAUAUUGAUUACCAUUCAUGUAAUUUGUUGUAAUUGUUAAGGCACGAUUAUAAGAGAACGUCAUUUCUUCGUUACAUUUAUUUCCGUUUUUAGAAAUACACUAAGCAGUACUUUAAGUCCUUUUCUGUAAAUCCUCAACCUCACCGUCAUCACACUCGAUUUUUCCCACACUCCAUUUGCAAGUAAAGCGGAAUAAAUGAGAGUACUUUUUUUCCCUUUUAUCAGAUCGAACAGAAAACGAUAGGCUCGUCGCCAUACUGUUGGAGCCAUAUAAUAACAAACUCUUUGAUUUUCGCCACAAUAGACACAAACUAAGUUUGAGAUGUUAUUCUUUACUUGCGAAAAGCAUUGAAGAUGACUACUUAAUAUCGCGUGCAGAAAUAAAAAGAGCAAAAGUAAAAGCAGAGCAUACGAUUGCAAACAAACCGACAAGUGUACAUAGGAUAACAAAAACAAAAAGCAAAUAAGUAAAUAUAAGUAAUUAAGUGAUAUUUUUCAGUAGUUUUCGAACGAAAAAUAAUUAGUCGAUAAGGGAAAGCGUAAGAGAGAACGUGAUACCAGAUGAGAGAAAAGCUAUUUUUAUGAAAAUUUAUACCUGUAACUGUAUUAUUAGAAGUGAGAGUGAGUCUGAUGUAGAAGGUCGUCAUGAAAAAAAAACGUUUUUUAGCGUAUAGAAACUCGGACGCGGUAUGAGAUGAGCAGGUACCAUUUCCCGGGGUUUUGUUUAGAAAAUUGCUGGAUUUAGUUCGGGUUAAGCCAAAGCAGAAAGCAAGCACACGGAACGGAAGCGAUUCUUUCGCAAAACGGACUCCUUUCGGAAUUCAAAAUUCUCAUAAUUGUUCAGACCGAAACACUUGAUCGAAUAAUUCCUUUCUCAUAUGUCUAAGUUACUUUUUAGACUUAUUAGAAAUGUAAAUUAUAUAAAAUAUAAUUAAAAGAAAAAUCAUUCUAUCGAAAUUACUAAAUGUUUUGGCAUCACAUAUAAUAAUAAUUGUUUGCAUCUUAAUGUUCUAGCUUUUUAUGAAUCCAACACGAAGAGCAUAGUAAAAAAAACUAUUAUACUGUAAGCAUAAAAAACCGAACAUUCGCUGGCUUUUCUACUGCUGAUUCCAAGAAGAGAUAUAUUUAUUAAACAUUUGAAGAAAACGAUAGACGAAGCAAAACAAAAAGAAACUCGAUAAAGAAAGCCAGGCUUUCGUUGUGCAAGAUAUAUUUAAUAUAGAAUUGAAACGUUAAGUACAUGAUAUAACUUUAAAUCAAAACACCGCUUAUUAUUAUCCAUUUAUCUAUAUUGAACGCUAGCUUGAUGAUUUGUCGCGCGCUGCGAAACCGAGAGUGAAUCGCACCUAACUUCAAACACAAAAUCAGUAUGUAAAACUUACAAUCAGUUGCGUGAAUCAACUUUAAACGAUUUAACUGAAAUCAACUGAAAAUCAGCAGAAAAGAGUAGCGGCAGCGGUGGAAAAACUGCACCCCCUUCCCUUCCAAAUAGAUAUGGCGACGAGAUACUCUCUAUCGGUUCUUAUCAUCAUUCAAAAGAUUACAUUUAACCGAGAAGAAGUGAAUGAAAGUUAUAGCUUGAAAUUCUGCUAUGUGCAUACUAAAUUUAAGAAGAAAAAAAUAAACGUACGUUCCUGUUACAAAAAUGA